UCUUUAAAACGCUGGCUUCUGCAGAUCUAGGAUUAUUCCCGCCGUUUUUUGAAAAUGCCUUUGAUUUUAGGAUUGAAUCGUCUUCAUAAGUUAUCCUAGUAAUCCUUAGUGUGCGAAAAGACAAGGCUGACUUCAUACCGUUCAGUUUUGUACUGUUUGGCUUUGUGAAGGGAGUUUUCCGUCAUUUAAUGUGCGUAGCACCUAGAAGUGUGGACUGUUACUGCUGUGCACUAGUGGGUGUAUCCAUCAGUCCAGCGGCUCAGCCCAAGAAAUGUACAAGUUGUUUUCCCAAAAAUGGUCUUGCUUUUGGAACCAAGGACAAUAGAGUAAAAAUGUCUAACAUUGAAUAUUGUUGCGGUUUACGUGUUUUGGCCUGUGUACCAAUAAACAAUCUUAACGUGUGAUGAGAAUCCCACUUUUACAGAUAAAACUGGCACACAGAGGAAAAGUUUCCAAACAAGCUCAAGGUCAAAAAGCAGGAUGAAGUAUUAUCAUUAAGGACUACGCAGCCUGAAAAACGGAAAAAUAUCUGGAGUGCAAGGGCCCUAUGAAAAAAGCCACUGCACUACCCUCAGAUGCUUGGGAUACAAUAUGAAUAUGACAGUGCCUCUUCUUUCUGCUACCCUCUUAAAUGCUGCAUCCAAAACACCUGAGAUACACGUUAAAAUACAGAUUCUCAGGCCCAAGAUUAGGACUCAGAUUGGGAAAGCCACAAAGAAAACUGAUAAACCCAGACCAGAAGAUAAAGAUGAUCUAGAUGUAACAGAGCUCACUAAUGAAGAUCUUCUGGAUCAGCUUGUGAAAUAUGGAGUAAAUCCUGGUCCUAUUGUGGGAACAACCAGGAAGCUAUAUGAGAAAAAACUGUUGAAACUGAGGGAACAGGGAACAGAGUCAAGAUCUUCUACUCCUCUGCCUACGAUUUCUUCUUCAGCAGAAAAUACAAGACAGAAUGGAAGUAAUGACUCUGACAGAUACAGUGACAACGAAGAAGGAAAGAAGAAAGAACACAAGAAAGUGAAGUCCACUAGGGAUUUUGUUCCUUUUUCUGAACUUCCAACUACUCCCUCUGGUGGAUUUUUUCAGGGUAUUUCUUUUCCUGAAAUCUCCACCUGUCCUCCUUUGGGCAGGACUGAACUACAGGCAGCUAAGAAAGUUCAUACUUCUAAGGGAGACCCACCUAGGGAACCUCUUAUUGCCACAACCUUGCCUGGCAGGGAACAUUUGCAGAAGUUAGCCUCUGGAGGGAAUUUGUUUACUUCCUCCAAGUCUAGCCAUGGUAGAUGUUUAGAGAAAAGUUCUUCGGCAUCUUCUCAGCAUGAACUCGCUGCCAUGUUGGUCUCUGCUGCAGCUUCUCCUUCACUGAUUAAAGAAACCACCACUACUUGCUAUAAAGAUAUAGUAGAAAAUAUUUAUUGUGGCGAGAAAAGUGGAAUUCAACCAUUGUGUACUGAGAAGUCCCAUGUUUUAGAUCAGUCAGUUCUCUCUAGUGACAGGAAAGGGCUAGAGGAGUCCGAGAGUUCACAAAUAAUUUCUCCUCCACUUGCUCAGGCAAUCAGAGAUUAUGUCAAUUCUCUGUUGGUCCAGGGUGGAGUAGGUAGUUUGCCUGGGACUUCAAACUCUACACCCCCAAUGGAUGUAGAAAACAGAUGGAAGAGAAUUGAUCGAUCUAAUUAUCAAGACACUGAAUCCCUGUCUCCUCCACGAAAAUUCCCUAGACUCAGUGAAAAGUCAGUAGAGGAAAAGGAUUCAGGUUCCUUUGUGGCAUUUCAAAAUACACCUGGAUCUGGAGUGAUGUCAUCUUUUGCCAAAACUGUUGUCUCUCAUUCACUCACCACCUUAGGCAUGGAAGUGUCUAAGCAAUCACAACAUGAGAAAGUAGAUGCCCCAGAACUAUCUUUUCCCUUCCAUGAAUCUAUUUUAAAAGUAAUUGAAGAGGAGUGGCAGCAAAUUGACAGGCAACUGCCUUCAUUGGCAUGCAAGUAUCCAGUAUCUUCCAGAGAGGCAACACGGAUAUUAUCAGUUCCAAAAGUAGAUGAUGAAAUACUGGAGUUUAUAUCUGAAGCCACUCCACCAGUAGGUACUCAGGCAGCUUCCACGGAGUCUUGUGAUAAACAGUUAGACUUAGUACUUUGUAGAACAUAUGAAGCUGCAGCAUCAGCAUUGCAGAUUGCAACCCAUACCGCCUUUGUGGUUAGGGCUCUGCAGGCAGACAUUAGUCAGGCUGCACAAAUUCUUAGCUCAGACCCUAGUCAUAUGCACCAGGCACUUGGGAUUCUGAGCAAAACAUAUGAUGCAGCCUCAUUUCUUUGUGAAGCUGCAUUUGAUGAAGUAAAGAUGGCUGCCCAUAGCAUGGGAGCUUCCACUUUAGGUCGCCGCUAUCUCUGCCUGAAGGAUUGUAAAAUUAAUCCAGCUUCUAAAAAUAAGCUGGUUGUUACUCCUUUUAAAGGUGAAACCUUAUUUGGAGGAGAAGUAUACAAAGUAACUAAAAAGCGUGGAAAUAAACGCUAAUUAAGUUAAGAAUAAAAGACACCUAUUUGAUCUUUGAUAAUGGGGAACUUAGAAGCUUCUCUAAGAAUUUCAAUUGCUUUUAUGCAAAAAUUUUCUUUGAAGAUCUUUAUAGUUUCCAGAUUGGGCUAUUUUCAAAGUCAAACUUCUACCCAUCAAAUUACAGUAUAAAAGUAAUAACAAGUCACAUUUUUUGCCUCAUACAGGUCACUCUAACCUAUUAAGAUUUUACAAUUCUCCAAAACUAAGAAAAUGCAAUUAAUUAGAAUAUAAGUGAGUCUUCACUGAUUUAAAUAUUACUAUAUAUCUUUAUUUUCUGGAACUUGGCUACGUUUUUUUUCUUUUAUUCUCAGUUUUGUGUUUUUUACCUCUGUAUUCCCUCAUACUAUUCUAGAUCAGUGCAAUUCAAAGUGCCAGACUGCAGAUGGUUACUAAUUCAUAGACAAGAGAAGUGUGCACCAGAAUUUGGAUCUAGAGACACUUCUUAAAUCGAUGACAGGGUUUAGUUUUAUGGCAAACUUUUAUUGAUAAAAACUGUGUGCCAAUUUACAUUCUGGUACAAGUGUCUCAUUUCUUUAAGGACUGGUAGCAAACAGUUCAUGGACCACACCUUGCAAAAUCUACUCUAAAUCAUAAAAUUCUGGAAUAGUGCAUUCUCACUGUCACUAUAGUUUGUCCGAUGAACUAGACACUGGGAAAGUGGCCCUUUUUUUUUUUUUUUUUUUAUAACACUUUCAAGUUAUGUUAUGGUUCAUGGAUGAUUAGGCUUAAUCUAAAUUCUAAAAGCAAAUUUAUUUUAAAUUCUUGAGAAAUCAUACUAUAUUCCUUUGUAUAAAGCAGUAUAUUCUGUGUUUUCAUUUCUCUGAUUGUAAGAUAAGUAACUGUAGAGGCAUUUAAUAACCAAAUUUCUUUGUAUUUUUAUGGAAAAUAGUAGUAUUAAGUAUCAGCAAAAUACAGUCCCUUUGGUAGUCCUGGCCAUCGCUAUAUUCUUAGUAUUCAUGUCCAUCUUUGCAGCUUCCUGGGAGUAAUUUUGUUAUUUGUCUUCUGGAAUGUACAUGUAUACAUGUACCUACUAAGUGCUAUGUGAUUUUUUUUUUAAUGUAUUACUGUAGAAUCUUUCUGCAAAUUCAAUAAAGUUAUAAUUUGAACAGUUUUGUGUGGUCUCCAGAAACAUGUUGUAUGUGUGUUUUUUAUUCUUGGAGUUGCAACAAAUUUAGAUAUUUAUACAUGGACAUCCCUUUUCCAUUUCUUCAUUGAAACUCACUUGAGAUUCCAAUGGUGUAGUUGAAAAUAUUCUAAUUAUCAUUGUGUGGUUUUUCUUCUAUUAAAGACCAUGUUUUUAUUGGCUGUUGGAAUUUAAAUCAGAGGAAUAAAUUUGUAACCAGCUACCUUA